CGUUGUCUGAGACACCAAGGACCGAACACAAAACGAAAAUGCUGUGCUUCAUUGCUCUCACCUGUGUGGUUGCCAGUGCAUUGGCAGGUUCUUCAUCGUACCCCACAUAUCCAACCACCGACUACUACGGGGGAUGUGGACAAUGGGGAUGUUCUUACGGUGUCCAAUCACAGGGUCCCUAUGGAGGCUAUGGUGGACUCCUUAGCACUGGAGGAAGUGGAGUGAGCACUGGUGUUGUCGGCACUGGAGGAUUUAACACAGGAUUGUUCGGUCUUGGAGGUGGAUCAGCUGCCGCCAGCGCCGCUGCUGCAGGAAAUUCCGCCGCUGCUUCCGCCGCUGCCGCUGCUGGUCAGAAUGCUGCUGCUGCUUCCGCUGCUGCUGCUGCUGGUGGAAGCGCUGCCGCUUCUGCCGCCGCCGCCGCUGGACUGGGAUGGAACCAAUUCUAUAACUCCGGACCAUACAACCAGUAUUCUGGAUCUUACUACCCAGGACAAUUCUACAACACCGGCUCCUACAAUGUCUACCCAGGAUCCUACUACCCUCAACAAUACUACCCCAGACCAACUUACUACCAGAACCAAUACCAACUCCAAUACCCCGGAUUUGGAGGUGGAGCUGCUGCCGCCUCAGCCGCCGCUUCUGGAUCGAGCGCCGCUGCUUCUGCCGCCGCAUCCUCAGGUCUCCGUGGAUUUAACGGACUCGGUGGAUUUAACGGACUCGGUGGAGUGAACGGUGGUGUCAUCGUUGGUGGCGGAUCUAGAGGUGUUUUUGGAGGCAGGAGAUCCAGAAAGGUAAGCGAGGACACCCAUAGUCGUUAAAUUUUCAGUGAAAGAUUCAUAGAUAAUGAUUAAACAAACAGGGAAAAUGUAUCAUACUUUCAGUGUGGGUAUUAGUAAAAUAAAGUAAUAGAUUUACCACGUUUAAUUUCGUGCAGACAAAAUAAAUACAGUGACUAUAUAUUGGGUAAAUCUUUUUCAGGUGUACUAAAUGGAUGACAACGACAUGACGAUUGUAUGUGGUGUGUAAUGAUUGCGUUCUAUGAAAUAAAAUUUUUAUUUUUGCAUUAUA